CCGCCGCUCCUCCUCUUCCUCUUCCUCCUCCUCUCCCUCUUCCUCCUCCGUCCGCCCCGCCUCCCCGCUCAUGCCCUUCCAGGUGGCCGGACCCCCAGCCGCCGCCUGCCGCCCCCGGGGCUUCUCCGAGCCGUGCGCAGCGGCCGGGCCGCGCCGCGGGCCCUGCCGUGGGGAGGCGGAGGGCACCUGGGGUGGGGGCCCUGUGGACCCCCCGCAUCUCUGCUGCCCGCCGUCCCCGAGCUCGUCCGCGGGCGGCACUGCGCACCGUGCGCCCUGGAGGGGCGGCGGGCAGGUCUGGGGCCCGGCUCGGCGGCGGCGGCCGCACACGUCCCGCCGGUGUCUAGAGGCGGGCAGACCGUUGACAGGCGGGCAGGUCCGAGGAGGCGGAGAGCGGGGCGCGGGCCACAUGGCCCUGGUGCCCUACGAGGAGGCCGCGGCAGUGGGGCUGCAGAAGUUCCACAAGCCCGUCGCCACCUUCUCCUUCGCAGACCGCACGAUCCGGAUCCGGCAGGACUGGAGGCAGCUGGGCGUCGCGGCGGUGGUGUGGGACGCGGCUGUCGUGCUUGCCGCGUAUCUGGAGAUGGGAGCCGUGGAGCUCAGGGGCCGCGCUGCCGUGGAGCUGGGUGCUGGCACGGGGCUGGUGGGCAUAGUGGCCGCCCUGCUGGGUGAGUGUGCGUGCCGGCUCACUCCUGGGAAGAGCACACAUUCCCACUCCACUGACAUUGGGCCUGACCUUGCCUCUGCUUCAGCCAAUGGUACAGGAGUGGACAUGAUAUUCGCCACAAUCAAGCAAAUGCUUUAAAAAGCAUCGCCCCAGUCCCUUUGCUACAAGAAUGACAUGCCUCAAACAGGUGCUCCUCCUUUGGCUGGGAACAUGUAGAGGAGAGCCACAGCAGCUGACUUGUGACUGCCAAAGUAAUGGAAGUGAGGAAGAAAUUUGUUGUUUUAAGACACCGAGAUUUCGUGAUUUUUUUGUUACAGCAACAACACAAAUUAAUAUAACAAUCAUCUACACUUUCUUUUAGAAUGUUUACUACUUACCUUCAUUUUUGAGUAAAUGGCAAUUUGGAUGGUGCAGAAUUUUGAGAUCACAACUUCUUUUCAUCAAAGUAUAGUUUAAGAUAGGCUGUGUUUGGGGUGGAUAAAGGACAUCCAUCCUAGUGAAUAUGUUCAGGAGACUGGUUCUCUCAUCUUCCACAGAAGGAGACACAGCGGUAGAGGCAACUAAACAUGGGGAUUCUGGGGGAAUAGCCCAAGGCAACCACUGCUAGUGUGAAUUCCUUUUAAAUCCCUGAUCUUACCUUAAAAAGGCUCAUUUCUCUAAAAUUUUUGAGCAAAAUAAACAUUCAAGGAAAGCAUUCCAUGUUUACCUCAUGGUGUUGCGUAUCUCCAACACACUGUCAUGUGCUCUGGUUUGAGAGGCAGAGCAGGAAGGAGAUGGUUGUACUGGAAUCUGAGAAGUAGCAUGUACACAGGAUUUGGGCCAGAUCAAGGCUCAAAUCUCAGCUCUAGCAAUUUCUUAAAAGGUAUGACCUUUGGCAAGAUAUUUAACUUCUCUCUGAACCAUAUCUCCUCUAUAAGGUAAAGAUAAGCUUCUACCUCAUUGUAGGUAGAACUAAUAAUAUAAGCAAAGCAAUUAUUUAAUGUCCAGCACAUCCUGAGCCCUCAGUAAACAGUACCUCAGGGGAGGAAGUCAAUGCCAGAAUAUACAGAAUUAGGAGGGACCAGCUUAGAGGUGAUGCCUGGAGCAUAUGGAUGUGGAUGGAGGUCCCAAGGGAGAAUUAUAAAGUAGGCAGAAACUAGGAGAGUAAGCCAAAGAAAAAGAGUUUAGGGGAACAAGCAGUCAGAAGUGUCAAAUACUCCAUUAAAGGUAAAAGGAAAUGAAAAGAGAAUACUAGAUUUGCCAAGUGGGAGGGAAUCUGUACCUUAUAACAUAAGAAUGGCAUGAUGGUCCCAGAGGCCAGAUUCUAGUAAAUGGAAGUGGACAAAGGAGAAGCAGCAGUAAUCUGGGAGUAAAGGGAAAAAGAAACUACAGCAGAGUCAAUGGGAGUUUCCUUACAGUGAAACGAAAUCCAAGCCCAGGUAUUUUUUUAAAGUCAGGCAGCUUCCCUGAAGAUCUCCGGCAACACUGGUUGUUAGGAGCUGAAGCUGUGUGCGCCCUGGCCCUCAACGUGGUGUGUGUGUGUUGGGGGAAACAUACAUCAAAUGAAUAGAGAAAAAAGAAAAUUUGGUCUGCCAGUCAAAUUAACUAGUUUUCAUAAACGGGCACCUCUCUGGGCUGGCCUCUAUGUGGAGCAGACAGAAGCCACAGUGCUGCCUCUCCACCCACUGCAAGCACACUGCCUCUCAGUCUUUUCCGUGGAGGGGGAAAUGCUGCUGCUUCACAGAGCCAAACUACAGAGACACAAUCUGAAGUUCUUCUGUUGUUUUUAUAACCAAGAGAAUUUCGUUUCUUUAGUAAGUGCUACUGCCUUAAAUUUUACAACCUAGCUGUUACUUGAGACUUCUUAAUCAGACUGUGUUCUAAUUUAAAAAAGGGUUAAACGUUUCCCUACAAACAUUUUAAAAUUGAAAACAUUUUAGUUCAAUUUGUAUUUUAAAACACACAAGUGCGAAUGCAGUUUUUAUGCUUCUGUUUAUUAUUAUAACUUAAAUACUUAAAGAAAAUCACAGAUUGAUGGAAAACAAAAAAAAUAAAAGUCAGCUCGUUUCCAACUCUUUUCCUAAUAGACCAGAAAAAGCUCUGCCGUUUCUUAUAGCUUAGAUGUAAUUUACUAACACUCUGUAAGAGCUAAGAAUAUUUUAGGAACGAAAGAGAUUAAUCUGAGUUGAAAAAAAGAAAUCGCAUAAAAACAAACUUCAACAGAGCACUACAGUUACGAAGUACUUUCAGAGGAAUUGUCUUAUUUGACUCAUAGAGCAACCCUCUAGGUGGGUGGUGGGACCACGUUUUAGGGAUGAGAAAACUGAGGUUUAGAAGGUUAAUAUGUUUUUCCAAAUUCACAGGAAAAGGGGUACAGAUCCAGGACUUGAAUCUGGAUCUCCUAAAUUCCAUCUCUAGGUUUCUUUUACUUUAUCGUAGUGCUUGAAGAGUCCUGGGGUGAAGAACGGGAGUAUUUUCACCAAUUUCAAACUUUUUAUAUCUUUAUAUACCUUUAUUUUCAUUUUCUUCGGGCUGUCUUAAGUCAUGUCCAUAUUAAAAUCCUAAGCUAAAUAAAUAAAAAUACUAAGGUAAAUAUAAGUAAAUAAAGAUGUUUUAUCCUGUUUUUGAUGACAAAACCAUCUAUAGCUAUGAAUUUAUUUUGAGAAUUACUCUGUCCACAUUUCAUAGAUUUUUGAUAGGUAGCAUUUUCAUUAUUGAAGACUAACUAUUUUAAGAUGUUGUCAAUAAGCAGGUUUUCUUAGAAUUAAUCUAUUUUCAAAGAAUAUUUAGGUGUUAAAUUGUUAUUUUGUUGAGUAAAGAUACUAUUCAUUAAAACAUG